ACCGCGUCGCCGCCGCCGCGGCAGCAGCGCGGCGGCCUCGUGCGUGCCCUGGCGCUCGGCCUCUUCGGCGCCUCGGCCUACGCGCUCGGCUCCAUCUACCCGCCCUCGCUCGUCUCGCUCCUCUACCCGCAGCCGGCGCCGCCGCGCCUCGCCGCCGACUCGCCCGAGGGCAAGGCGCACACGCAGCGCAUCGAGAAGGAGCUGCUGGCACUGCCCGAGGUCGCCCAGCUGCGCAGCCUCGCCACGUCGCACUACCUCGCCUCGCGGCCCUACGCGCGCUUCCCGCCGCAGAAGGCCAUGCACUCGCUCACCGCCGGCGCCCUGCGCGGGCCGGGUCUCUUUGCCGUGCCGCCGCUCGUGCUCUCCCUCACGCCGCACGGCGCCGCGGCGACGGGCGGCAGCGAGGGCGACGCGGCGGCCUUCCUGCACCUGGGCCGCAGCAUGUGCGGCCACGACGGCCUCAUUCACGGCGGCCUGCUCGGCACCGUCAUGGACGAGACGCUGGCGCGCACGGCCUUCUACGCGCUGCCCUCGCGCGUCGGCGUGACGGCGCGCCUUGAGCUCGACUACCGCGCGCCCGUCAAGGCGGACCAGUUUGUCGUCGUGCGCACGCGCCGCAUCGAGGCAAAGGGCCGCAAGGCCAUCGUCGAGGGCACCAUGGAGACGCUCGACGGCAAGGUCCUCGUCAACGCAAAGGCCAUCUUCGUCGAGCCCAAGUUUGCCAAGCUGCUCGACACGAGCCUUGUCGCCAAGAUUAUG